AUGUAUUACGACAACCUGCCGGUGUGGGGCUUUGUGGGCAAGGUGGAGAAGAUUAUACCCAACUCGGGUGAGCCCCAGUACCGCUAUUACGUGUUCACCCACAUGAGCUUCGACAUCAAGUACAACGGGGACAGGGUCAUUGAGAUCAACGUGCUGACGGACCCCGCCCACGUCGCUGACGUCAGCGAGGGGGCCGAGCUGCCCACCGUGGCCUUCACCUACAGCGUGAAGUGGGUGCCCACCACCAUACCCUACGAGGACAGGCUGCAGCGCUACGAGAGGUUCCCGCUGAACCCGGUCCACCUGGAGAUCCACUGGUUCAGCAUCAUCAACAGCUGCGUCACGGUGCUGCUGCUCACGGGCUUCCUGGCCACCAUCCUGCUGAGGGUGCUCAAGGCUGACUUUGUAAAGUUCAGCCGCGGGGAGGACGGCGCCCCAAAUCACUCUUCCCCCUCUUUAGAGUUUGAGGAGGAGGAGUCCGGCUGGAAGUACGUCCACGGCGACGUGUUCCGCUUCCCCCCGGGAAAAGCCAUCUUCGCGGCCUUCGUGGGCACCGGAACCCAGGUCCUCACGCUCUCGUUCUUCAUUUUCGGGCUGUCCCUCAUCGGGGUGUUCUACCCCUACAACCGUGGCGCGCUGUUCACGGCCAUGAUCGUGCUUCCAUACUGCUGA